AAGAGAGGCGAUGGUAGCGUCAGCUCUGCUGUACUGAUUGGGUUUCUUUCAUCGGUUUCCUCUUCUUGCUUAGGCGUGAAAGACUGAUUGGAAGGAGAUAUGGAGGAGAGUGUCGCAGGGAAGAAGGGAAAAACUAUAGAUAACAGCUUAAUCGAUCUGGUAUUUUCUUGGUCUCUUGAUGAUAUACUCAACCAGGAUCUGUACAAAGACCAGGUGGAAAAGAUUCCAGAAACAUUUCUGUCGGUGGAGCAAUAUCUUGGGUCAUAUAGGUUACCUUUAAUAGAGGAAACACGUGCAGUAUUGUGUGAAAGUUUGGAGGUUAUGUCAAAGGCCCCCAUUGCUGAAGUAAUCUCCCUCCAGGAGUGCAAACCAUAUGGUUCAUUAAUAUAUGAUAUUAAGGUUGAUUCCUGGAAAAACAAAUUUGGAUCUGGUAGUAGGGAACCCUACAAAUCAUUGCCUGGUGAUAUUUUUCUUUUGACUGAUGUAAUACCUGAAACUGUUUAUGAUCUACAACGAUACGGAAGGUUUUGUACUUUUGCUUCAAUUGUUAAAGUUGAGGGUGAAGAUCCAGGGGUCGAUUUUGAAGUUGAAGAAAGUGGAGACAUGUCUUUGUAUCUUAAAGUCAAAGCUUCAAAAGCUAUUGAAGUCAAAGAGGGAAUGCAAAACUCACUUUUUGCUGUUUACCUGAGAAAUAUAACAACAAACAAGAGAAUAUGGAUGGCAUUACAUGCUUUGGGAAAUUUGAAAGUUAUCAAGGAGAUAUUAUGCAGUAGUUCCCUGGUGGAAGAAAGCUGUGAUAUGUGUCAAUCACACAGUCAGGAUAGCAUUUUGACCAAUAAAUUUGGUGUGGCUUUAUCAUCUAAGUUGAAUGAAUCCCAAAUUGAUGCUGUACUGAGUUCUAUUUCUACAAUACACUGCAAGCAUAGAUCUUCUGUUAAGCUUAUCUGGGGUCCUCCUGGGACAGGAAAAACAAAAACUGUCAGUUUAUUGAUACAGACCUUCUUAAGAUUGAAUUGCAGAACCCUUAUUUGUGCCCCAACCAAUAUUGCAAUCAAAGAAGUGGCAUCACGUGUUCUUAGGCUUGUUAAAGAGUCCUUCCAAAAUGAGUCUGGUGAGGAUCUCUCAUGUUGUUCAUAUGGAGAUGUACUUUUGUUUGGUAACAAGGACCGAUUGAAAGUGCUUGAUGAUGUUGAGGAGAUUUUUUUGGAUUACCGUGUUGAGAAGCUUUUACACUGCUUUCAGAGGCUAACUGGAUGGAAGUAUCGCUUUGCUUCUAUGAUAGAAUUUCUUUUACACUGUGUUUCUGAGUAUAAUAUUUACUUGGAAAAUGAGGCAAGCAAAAAUGAAGAGGCUAGACGGGAGAAUGAGACUUGCAAAGAGGAAGUCCUUUCAUUUCUUGGAUGGACAAGAAAUCGAUUCAAGGCAAUAGCUUUGGAGCUUCGAAAAUGUCUUGAAACUUUCUGCAUUCAUCUGCCUAAACAUAUAAUUUCAGAACAUAAUUUCCAGAGAAUGAUUUCCGUUCUUGAUCUUCUAGAUUGUUUUGACAAUCUCUUACAUCGUGAUGAUGUGGUUGACAAAGAACUAGAGAAAUUAUUUUCUCAUUCAGAUGUUGAGAAUAUAUCUCUUCCUGCCAUAGAUAUAUUUGUGUGCAAAACUGUUAAUUGUUCUACAUCAGUUGUACUGCAUAGGACAAGAAAUGAAUGCAUCUCCAUUCUUAGAUCCCUCCGUGCUUCUCUUGAGGAGCUUGAUCUUCCACAAUUUACAGAUAAACAUUCCAUAGGGGAAUUUUGCUUCCGAAAUGCUUCCCUCAUUUUCUGCACUGUUUCUAGUUCUUUUAAGUUGAAUUAUGUAGUAAUGGAUCCAGUGGAGAUGCUGGUUAUUGAUGAAGCUGCUCAGUUAAGGGAGAGUGAAUCAGCAAUACCCUUACAACUUCGUGGUCUAAAGAAUGUUAUACUGGUUGGUGACGAGUGUCAGCUACCAGCUAUGGUUACCAGCAAGGUUGCAAUUGAAGCUGGUUUUGGAAGAAGUCUGUUUGAGAGGUUGAGUUUAUUGGGACAUCCAAAGCAUCUGCUCAACAAACAAUACCGUAUGAAUCCUAAAAUUAGUCUUUUCCCAAAUGCCAAGUUCUACAUGAACCAGAUUUUAGAUGCUCCAGAAGUUAAGGAUAUACAUUAUGAGAAGAGAUAUAUUUCUGGGCGUAUGUAUGGUCCUUAUUCCUUCAUAAAUAUUUCUGAUGGUAGGGAGGUAUUAGAUGAUGUUGGGCGUAGCCGGAAAAAUAUGGUGGAGCUUGCUGUGGUUAUAAAAAUAUUACAGAAACUUUUUAAAGCAUGGGAUGGCUCAAGGCAGAAGCUUAGAAUUGGUAUUAUAUCCCCGUACAUUGCACAAGUUUCUGCAAUUCAAGAAAAACUUGGCAACAGAUACGAAAAGUUUACAGGAUUUAAAGUGACUGUGAAUUCUGUUGAUGGAUUCCAAGGUGGUGAGGAAGAUGUCAUAAUAAUUUCCACGGUCAGAUCUAAUACUUAUGGAUCAAUUGGAUUCAUGACUAAUCAUCAGCGAACUAAUGUUGCUUUGACAAGGGCAAAGCACUGUCUUUGGAUUUUGGGGAAUGAAAAAACUCUGAUUAAUAGUGCAUCUAUCUGGGGAGAAUUAGUAUGUAAUGCAAAGGAUCGUCAGUGCUUUUUCAAUGCUGAUGAGGAUAAGGAUCUUGCAAAAGCAAUAUUACAAGUCAAGAAAGAGAUUGAUGAGAUAGACGAUUUACUUAGAGGGGAUUCUAUACUUUUCAAAAGUGCAAGGUGGAAGGUUCUCUUUAGUGAUAACUUUCGGAGAUCAUUUGGAAAACUUAAGAGAACCGAAACACAAAAGUCUGUAAUUAAUCUACUUUUGAGGCUUGCAAAUGGUUGGCGCCCAAAGAAGAUAAACUAUAUUUGCGAAAGCUCAUCUCAGCUUGUCAAACAGUUCAAGAUUGGAUAUUUGUAUGUCAUUUGCUCAGUUGAUAUUAUGAAAUAUUCACAAUAUAUCCAAGUAUUGAAGAUCUGGGACAUUUUACCUUUGGAGGAGGUACCAAAUCUUGUCAAGCGUCUUGAUAACAUCUUCAUAAUGUUCACAGAUGAUUAUGUCAACCGGUGCAAAGUUAAAUACAUGGAAGGGGAUCUGGAAGUGCCAAAGAGUUGGGACACCUAUACUCAUAUUGUUCGGUAUAAGAAUAUCCGGAAAAAUGAGUCAGUGAAGGAACUGGCUGAUGAUGCAUUUGAUGGAAGAACCUAUGUUGAGAACUCCAGGGUCACUGAGUCUCUACUCCUAAUGAAAUUCUACUCAUUGUCUUCUGGUAUUGUUCAACAUUUACUUUCUGGUCGUGAUGGUAGAGAGCUUGAUCUUCCAUUUGAAGUAACAGACCAGGAACUGGAAAUAGUUACUUACCCUAGAAGCACCUUUAUCCUUGGAAGAUCAGGAACUGGGAAGACGACAGUUUUGACUAUGAAAUUGAUUCGAAAUGAACAACAGUAUUUUCUUUCCAAAGAAGGAUUUUCUGGUGUUCAGGGUGACAUAUCCAUCUCUAAUAGAAAGAAGAACAAGUUUGCAGAGGGUGUUGGAGAGAGUAGUCAGACUUUUUUGCGCCAGAUUUUUGUUACUGUGAGCCCUAAGUUAUGUUUGGCUGUGAAGAAGCAGAUUUCUCAAUUGAAAAGCUUCAUCUGUGGAGGAAAUGUUUCGGAGCAUACUUCUAUUGAUAUGCUUGAUAUUGAUUGCACAACUGAGUUCAAUGAUAUCCCUGAUUCUUUCAUUGAUAUUCCACCUACAUCCUACCCUCUUGUUAUAACCUUCCAGAAAUUAUUGUUAAUGCUAGAUGGUAGCAUGGAAAUUUCAUACUUUGAUAGAUUUCAUGAUCUGAGGGAGCUUUCUCUUGGUAAUUCUGGACCUUCAAGAUCAAUAGCAUUACAAACCUUUAUAAGAACAAAGGAGGUUAAUUAUGACAGGUUCAAUUUGGGUUAUUGGCCCCAUUUUAAUAGUCAACUAACUAAGAAGCUUGAUUCUUCAUUAGUGUUUAGAGAGAUAAUUUCACAUAUAAAAGGUGGGUUGGGAGCAGGCAAGGCUUCUAAUGGUAAACUCGACAGGGAGGACUAUGUUAAUCUAUCUGAAUGUCGGGUAUCAACCUUAAACAGGGAAAGACGAGAAAUGAUUUAUGAUAUUUUUCUUGAGUAUGAGAAGAAGAAACUAGUGAAUGGUGAAUUUGACUUGGCAGAUUUUGUUAUUGAUCUUCAUCACCGCCUGAAAGAUGGUGGCUACAAGGGUGAGGAAAUGGACUUUGUGUACGUUGACGAGGUCCAGGAUCUCACUAUGAGGCAGAUUGCUUUUCUGAAAUUUAUAUGCAAAAAUUUUAGUGAAGGCUUUGUUUUUUCAGGAGAUACGGCACAAACUAUUGCCAGGGGGAUUGAUUUCAGAUUUCAAGAUAUACGUUCUUUGUUCUAUAAAGAGUUCAUCUUGGAAUCUGUAAGUGACAGCAAGGACAGUUCAAAAGACAAGGGCCAAAAGUGCAUCUCCGACAUUUUUCAUUUGAACCAGAACUUCCGUACUCAUGCCGGUGUCCUAAAUUUGGCACAGAGUGUAAUUGACCUACUGUACUGUUUCUUCCCACUGUAUAUAGACAUUUUAACCCCAGAGAUGAGUCUUAUAUAUGGAGAAGCCCCAGUUUUGCUUGAAUCUGGGAAUGAUGAGAAUGCAAUUAUAACAAUUUUUGGUAAUAGUGGAACAACUGGCAGCAGUAUGAUUGGAUUUGGUGCAGAACAGGUAAUUCUGGUUCGUGAUGAUCAUGCUAGAAGGGAGGUUUCUGAACAUGUUGGAAAGCAAGCUCUUGUUUUAACAAUAAUUGAAUGCAAAGGUCUUGAAUUUCAGGAUGUUUUGCUAUAUAACUUUUUUGGCACGUCUCCUUUAAAAAAUCAAUGGAGAGUAAUUUAUAAAUAUAUGAAAGAACAAGACAUGCUUGAUUCUACUGGACCGAUAUCAUUUCCAAAUUUUGACACGACCAAACAUAACAUCCUUUGCUCUGAACUGAAGCAAUUAUAUGUGGCUAUAACACGUACAAGACAAAGGCUGUGGAUUUGUGAAAACAUAGAGGAGUUUUCCAAGCCUAUAUUCGAUUAUUGGAAGAAGAUGUGUCUUGUACAAGUUAGACAACUUGAUGAAUCCCUUGCACAGGCGAUGCAAGUGGCAAGCAGCAAAGAGGAAUGGAGCUUACGUGGUAUUAAGCUAUUCAAUGAGGGUAACUAUGAGAUGGCCACAAUGUGCUUCGAAAGAGCUGGUGAUGCAUACAGGGAAAAAUGGGCGAAGGCUGCUGGACUGCGUGCUGCUGCUGACCGUAUGCGUGGAUCAAAUCCUGAGAUGGCACGCAUUGUCCUCAUGGAGGCUGCUGAGAUAUUUCAAAACAUUGGGAGGGCUGAAUAUGCUGCAAAGUGUUUUAUUGAGCUAAAAGAAUUUCAAAGAGCAGGUAUGCUUUAUCGGGAGAAAUGUGGAGCAUCAAGUCUCGAGGAUGCUGGUGACUGUUUUUCCAUGGCUGAAUGUUGGAAUUUUGCUGCUGAAGUUUAUGCUAAAGGCAAGUAUUUCUCAAAGUGUUUGUCUGUUUGUAUAAGGGGAAAAUUAUUCAACAUGGGACUCAAUUUCAUUGAAUAUUGGAAAGAAAAUUCAACUACUGGUGAUGAUACGUUUGCAAUAACUGAAGAACUGCUUGAAAUGGAACGAACAUUCCUUGAGAAAUGUGCACUUCACUAUCACGAGCUUAAUGAUACCAAGGCUAUGAUGAAUUUUGUUAGGGCCUUUCAUUCUAUUGAUCUCAAACGUGUUUUCUUGAGGUCCCAUAAUUAUCUUGAUGAACUUGUAUUGCUGGAGGAAGAAUCAGGGAAUUUUGUGGAGGCUGCCAGCAUUGCAAGGUUAAAGGGAGAUCUUCUCCUUGAAGCUGAUUUUCUAGGGAAGGCUGAACGAUAUGAAGAUGCAUCAAGACUCAUUAUAUUAUAUGUUGUUGGGAACUCUCUCUGGAGACCUGGAAGCAAGGGUUGGCCUUUGAAGAAAUUCAUAGAGAAGGAAGAUCUUUUAAAUAAAGCUAAAUUUUUUGCAAAGAAGAAAUCAGAGUUCUUCUACAACUGUAUCUGCAUAGAAGCCACAGUAAUAUCAGACCAAGAUAGUAACUUAUUAUGCUUGGAGAAACAUUUCAGUGCUUCCCAGAGACUUAAGGAUCUCAGAGCUGAAAUUUUCUGCACAUGGAAAAUUCUUGAUCUUCUUCUUCAGUCACAUCCUUCAAAAUAUGGGUGGGAACAUGAUGUUGUCUCUGAUGUGAUGACAAAUCCAGGAGUCGUAAUUUGUAGGAAUCAGGUCUCUGUUCAUAAUCUUGUGUAUUUUUGGAACCUUUGGAGGGAGAGGACUGUAAACAUACUAUCAUUCCUCCAGUCUCUUGGAACCCAACAUGAAGAUGAAUAUGUGGCCUAUGGGCAGUUCUGUUUGGAUUAUAUGGGUAUACGGAAACAAGAUAGCAAUCGUAUUCACGCCUACAAUUUGCUCCAUUCGGAUGCCUUUUGGCUAAAGGAAACUGAUGGAAGAUCUCUCUGGAAAGAUAGGAAUUCAGUUAGCAUGGAUGUUAAUCAAUUUGUCUCUCAUGCUAAGAGAUACUGGCAUUCACAAAUAAGUUCUGUUGGUCUAAAAGUAUUAGAGUGUCUGGAAAAGCUCCAUGAUUUCUCGAUUCACAAUCCCUUUCCAAUAUUUUGUCAAGCUAUGGCUGUCCUUUAUAUGUUUGAAGUGACAAAGUUUCUUGCUGAGUCUAAGUUUCUGGAUUGGAAACAUGUAAGAAAGUUCCUUGCAUUAUCUAGGACUAAGUUCUUUGAGUAUGUAUUUCCUCUGGAUUGGAAGCAGGCAAUGAUGGAAAAGAUGAUUUAUCUCAGGGAAAGCAGUAUUUCUAUGGAUCUACUUAAGGAUAUUGUUACUGAAAACAUCAACUUGAAGAGUGUGUUGACACAUGGGGAAAUUGGAAGAGUGGUAAUGCUAAUCUUUGUAUCAGGGAUACUGUCUGAUGAACUUUAUGGGAUGGUUGUGCAGCGGUUUGAUGUGAAUCCUCCAUGGAAAGCAUUCAUCGAGGAACUGAAACAGAAUAUGGUAUGCAGGUUUGGACAACUUUCUUUGGCAGUGAAGCUCCGAGAAGCUCUUAAAGAUACAUAUACUGUCAACUGGAGUAUAGAACCUGAUUACAUAUCACCUCACUGUUACAUGUAUCUUGUUGAACGUCUUCUGUUUUUGGUGUCUUCUUGUCAAGAGAGUUUCUUCACAACAAAAUCUUCUAUGGUUGAAAUCCUCAUCUGCCAGGAAUGGCAUGCCAAUUUGAGCACAUGUUCGAAAACUAAUAUGGGUCAUGUGAUGGAGUGUUACAAUUUUAUUGCUCGUCUGGUGGAGGAACUUCUUUUAAAUAAAUAUGUGAUGGAAGAAUGGCUUCAAAAAUCUAAAAUUAAUGUGAAUACCUACUAUCAGCCUAUGGUAUUGAGAAUGGUUGUUAUGGUGAUAUUACUUUGUCUAAACUCUGAAGACCAUUGGGGUUUACUUUUCUGUCUGCUGAGUAGUUCUCUACUACCUCCACCUUUCAAUCGUAUAAACCCAAGGAAGCGGAACCACAGUAUCCUUCAAAUUCAAGUAGAACUUUCUCGAGCACUUAAAACUAUUGAAAAUCCUCUAGUAAUUGUGGGCUCAAAAAAGAAUAUUCCAAAACAUCUACGUCCAGAUGCACUUGUUAUAAAUACAGAUGUCACUCAAUGCAGAGAGGAUGUAAUGAGAGUCUUGUACUCAAAGAAUUCAGAACAUGAUGAAUCAAGGAGUACAAGAUGCAGUGAAAAUCACCUUCCAAAGAGUGGCAGUGAAAAUCACCUUCCAAAUAGUGCUGAUGUUCCAUCUUCAUGCAUAACUGGAAUGGUAAAACAGGAAUUGAAGGGUGGGAAUGAAAAUGAUGAUGAGUUAUUACUUGAGAGAUACAAACAUUUCUGGGAAACAUUUGAUAUUUUACUACCAAGAGAGCAUGAGCCAUACAAGAAUUCAAGAACUUUUACUUCUAAUACACCAGACAUUAAGUUGGAUGUUAAGGAUGCUAUUCGUAUUAUUGAUGCCGCAAUGUUCAGAUUGAAUCAGAAUAACCUUCCUAACGAAGAUGCUAACCUUUCUGAAGUGAGAAAAGGAUUGCUUGAUGAAUUGAAGCAAUUCUUUGUUGCCUUUGAGAUGAGUGACCAGGAAUCAGUGGAUAAAAUUUCAACUGCUGGGGAGCUUUUCAAGAGAUUGCAGGGGAAAAAACCAGUGAUGAAGUCUCUAUUAGAUACUUUGUUCUUGCAGAGUAAUACAGAUAUGCCUGGUGGAACUUUACAGAUGAAUGUCGCAACAGAAACCAAGACCAGUCCUGCAACACAAACCCAAAAUAAUAGAAACACGGACAGUGGUUACAAAUCCAAGGAUAAAUCCAAGUCCAAGAAGACUAAGAAGGGUAAAGGCAAGAAGAAGUAACUAAUGCAUUUUCUGUUUUUCUUUUGUAAAUACUGCCCUACCAUUUCUUCUUUUCUAUUUGAAUGCGCUUGUAAAUAUGUGCUAAUUGAGUCUAGGUAAAUUUCUACUAUUGACAGAAAUCGGCAAAUUGCUAGUGGCAAAAGAAACUCUUCUGACAUUUCACGGAGUUUGCCCUGUAUGAAACAUUAUCACUUGUAAAUUUUCAGCAUGUUAUUACGAUGUGAAUCUCCUUUGAAUCA